AUGAAAGUGCCUUCACCCAACACUGGUGCUACCCCUCGACCCGAACCCACCUCCCCAACUCCCAAACCUUCUACAACCAAAACCGGGUGUGCAUAUCGUGCUUGGUAUUACAACUUGGUCUUGGUAGCGAGGAUAUUCAACCGCACGACACAGGAACUCAAUGCCGCUCUCCCAAGUCAUGAGGACGGAGUUAACGAACUGCUGAAGAAAGCUUUUGGCAAAGUUGUUGAUAAUCUUGAGAAGACAGCUGUUAAAGAUGAGCAAGAAAUGAAGGAGGGAGAUGGGAAGCAAAUUCGAAGGUAUGAUAUUAGGAAGCUCUAUGGUUACGAACCCGAGCUAUUCUGGAACAGCCUUGAACGUUUUUGUGUGUUGGCUGUGAGAGAUGAAGAGCUGGAUGAGUUUUUCAAUACUUUCUUCUCCGGAGGGAUGAGCAGGGGGAUGAAAGGUUCUGUAUCGCCGCUAGGAGAUGAAUACGCUAUCCUCAAGGGCCUUAGGGGUGACCAUCCGCUUUAG